GGUUGGGUGUGAUUCGCUAUGCCCCAGCGUUCUCCUCCUCGGGAACACUUCCACUGAUUCAUCCUUCCUCCAGCGGAUCGGCGGGAACGUCCAGGAUGAAGAAAUUCAGUCUGACCAUCAGAAAGUCGUUAAACAUCAAAGGGAAGGACGAGCCCGAGUACGCCGUGUCUCAGCCGGACCUGUCGGCCAGUUUCUCGGCCGAACACUCGCUCUACGGCGGCUGCUACGGCAAGGAGAUCGUCGCCGCCGACCCGGACGCCGAGAACCCGAAAGCGGCCAAGGGCCGGUCCAAGAGCGAGGGGCUGAUGGGAACUCUGAAGCGCAGGCUGUCGACGAAGCAGAAGCCCAAGGUGAAGACGAGCUCUCCGUCCGUGUGUUCCAUAGACGACGACGCUUUCUCCUCCUCGUCUGAGCCCAUCACGUUCCGCGACCUGAAGUCUCAGCACUCGUCCCGCUCCAGCCAUCACUACAGCCCCACGCCGUGGCCCCUGAGGGCCACCAACUCAGAGCUCAAAAUGGACAAGGUGAAGAUCCAGGCCGACGAUUCGGCCUCGUCCCUGAAGAACUUCCUGGAGCUGCGGCGGGACGUGAUCUUCCCCGAUUCCGGGAGUCCCGAGACUCGGAACGGGGAUUUAAACCUGCACAUGGACGAUCACGUGCCCGUGGUCCUCGGACUCUCGGCUCAGGACUAUAUUCAGUACACCAUGCCUUUAGACGACGGACUUUUCUCCGAGGAGGACCAGCCUCGCUCCUUCUCUUUAGACGGGACGUCCCCGAUGGAGGUGUUGGCUCAGAACGAUGACGAGUCCAUGGUGAACGACCUCCUGUCGCCCGACAUCUUCAUGGAACCGUCCGUCAGCCGGCUGCUCCUGAACGACGUCCUGCUGCAGAGCUCGGCGCUCGAACCCUCGCUCUCGCCCCUGCUGCCCCCGCUCCCGCCCAGCCUGUCCAGCUUCGCCUCCACCCAGGUGUCCAGAUCGGUCCUGGAACAUCUGAGCUUCGAUCCGAACACGGCGCCGGGCGUGCAGCGCGUCUACGACGCCGUCCAGAGCAACGGACCCACGGUGGUGACCAGCCUGACGGCCGAGCUGAAGAAGCUGGCCAGGCAGGGGUGGUACUGGGGGCCCAUCACGCGCUGGGAGGCGGAGGAGAAGCUCCUGGAGCUCCCGGACGGCUCCUUCCUGGUGCGCGACAGCUCGGACGAGCGCUACCUGCUCAGCCUGAGCUUCCGCUCGCAGGGGAAGACGCUCCACACCCGGAUCGAGCACUCCAACGGCUCCUUCAGCUUCUACGAGCAGCCCGACGUGGAGGGCCACACGUCCAUCGUGGAGCUCAUCGACAGCUCCGUCAGGGAUUCGGAGAACGGCGCCUUCUGCUACUCCAGGUCGCGCCUGCCGGGCUCCGUCACGUACCCGGUGAGACUGACCAAUCCCGUGUCGCGCUUCAUGCAGGUGCGCUCUCUGCAGUACUCGUGCCGCUUCGUCAUCCGCCAGUACACGCGCAUAGACCUGAUCCAGAAACUGCCUUUACCCAACAAAAUGAAAGACUACCUGCAGGAGAAGCACUACUGACACCCUCGGGGGUCUCCUGCGCUCUCUUCGGGAUGUUUGUUUUGGUUUUUGGGACCCGUCCCGCCGUUACCGUACACGUUUUACAUUUCCGUCGGAACAUGAGGGUGACGUCUGUCAGGGGUUCAACUGGGAUUCAACUGGGAGGUUCAAACUGAGAAUGUGAUU